AUGGUGGAAUCCUCCAUCGACCCCGAGAUCCUCGACUGCGUGUCAGUAGCCUUGGCGCGGCGUGUCGAUGAGGUUGACGUCAAGUCCAGUUUUAUCGCGAAUGGCGGAGACUCAAUCAAGGCCAUCAUCUUAAGAUCGUCUCUCGUGGCGCGAGGAUACGAUGUGACACGGGAGGGGAUACUUACCAGCCCGUGCCUGAGUAGUUUGCUGCGUGAUAUCAAACUCAAGUCGCCCAGAGUUCAGGGAACGAAAGACGACCGAUCGCACUCGACCUCGCCUAGCUCCAUUCUACCCACGCCUUCACAGUCAUCCGUCACCUCCCCAUCACUAAAAGAUAUCAUGACGCGCAAUGGCGACGUUCCAGUUCAGCCUACCAGCGCUGUCACUGAGAAGUUCCCACUUCCACCCCAUCGAAUGGAACUUGCCUCCAAUGGCCAUUCGACAAUAGCCCAAACUAAGACAGUCCCGGCCUUCCGCCAGGCUGCCGACCUUCUUACAGAAAUGCAACUUUCUCUGAUUCACGGAACCUUCACUCAGUCGAGCGCCAAUAUGAUCACAUAUGUCGAAUAUCACCCAUCGGAGAAUAUCCCAGCUCUCCUUUCGGCGUGGAACACAGUUCUGGAGUUCGAAUCCGUCUUUAAGGGUUCUUGGUUCAAAGAUUUGGUGUCAACACGGCCUAUAGAUUCCUCGAAGGAGAGAGUUUCAACCCAGCAAGCAUUAUCGAAUGGUUUCCCAGGGGCUCCGGAAACGGCAGCGGCGAUGGGCUCCUCUCUCAAGGUCACGACUUGCGACACCGGAAAGGACGGAAAGCCUAUGUCGAGGGUUAGCUGGAAAAUCCACCACGCUUUCAUCGAUGCGUGCUCUCUCCAGGGCUUCAUGACCAAAGUGAGGGGUCUCGCCAGUGGGCUGGUAGUAGAGCCGGGCCCUUCAUUCUGGGACUGGGCUUCGGAGCUUCGACAUUAUCAGCAGACAAACAAGGCCGACGGCGAUGCAUUUUGGCGUAAAACCCUGAACCAGCAUCCAGAAGCGAAAGGCGAAUUCUUACUUCCAGUCCCGGCGACCAUUUCCACUGCAUCCGACCAGAAAGAGGAGGACCUGGGGAUUGAAACCCUGAAUUUCGAUAUCCAAGACUUCGCGGACAAGUUGAUGUCGACGGCAAGGCUGGCCAAUGUCACCCCCGCCGCCUUUUUUUACGCCGCAUGGGCUCUUGUCGUUGCCACAUUCUCCGACACAGAAGAGACCGUGUUUGGUGCGGUUCUGAACGGUCGUAAUCUCACAAUUCCGGGGUCACUUGAGACCAUCGGACCGCUUAUCAAUGUGCUGCCUCUUCACGUCAAGCUUGCCAGACAUACCAGCGUUGAGGAAUUUCUGACAGACCUGUUCCGCAACUUGGUGGAAUUGGAAACGUAUAGUUGGACCACAACCGACAAUGGAUUCACUCGACAAUACGACUCUGCUUUAUCCGUGGAGAUGCCGGAGCCCGUUGAGCCGGAACGCCACCCAUUCAGUCCGCUCGAAACCCAUACAACGCAGCGUUCCCAAGUCCCCAUCAGUAUCACGGUCAAGGGAUUCAGGACGGUUAAGCUUGACUUUCACUCUGACAGAUUCAACCAACAUGAUAUGGUUUCGGUCGCGAAUUGUUACGAGCAGGCUCUCUCGCUCCUGAUGAACCCGGAGACAACAAUAGGGAACGUCAUGAAGAGUCUCCUCUCCUGCCCUUCCCAUGCCAGGCUGAUGAAAUGGGGCAAUUCCAUUUCAGGUCUCACCACAAUGCCUUCUGUCACGCAAGAUCUUGUGACACUAUUCGAGGGAAUUGCAGAUGCUCACCCUGAUGUCACGGCGGUGGAAAAGGGCGAUACGAAGCUCUCCUACCGUGAGCUUGAUAUCCUAUCCAAUCAAGUCGCUCACAAACUCGUCUCGAUGGUGUCUCCCGGUGACGUGGUUUGCGUACAUGCGGAUAAAUCCUUCAACUGGAUUUGUGCUAUCUGGGGUGCGUUGAAAGCCGGAUGUGUCUAUUGUCCCCUCGACCCUUUCCUUCCACCAAAGCUCCGAGACAACAUGAUUUGUUCUGCUGGUGCCACAGCAAUAAUCACCAGUACCGAUGAACAGCUCCUUAUAUUGCGCGCCUCGCCAUGUAAAGAGGGGUCAACAUUCUCAGUUGAGUCCGCCUCUCGAAGCGAACCAACCACAUUUGCGCGACGAACCUCGCCACAACCGUGGAGUGCCGCCUACGUCUGUUUCACGUCUGGUUCUACUGGAGUUCCCAAACCCGUCUUAUGCACACAUGCCGGCUUGGUCGCGUUCCAAAGUGAUCUGACUGUGCGCUUGAAUGCCAAACCGGGGGUGCGCAUCUCGCAGAUCAUGUCGGUGGCGUUUGACGGCAGCGUCCACGAGAUAUUCUCGGCGCUCACUUAUGGCGCCACAUUGGUUCUUCCUGCCGGAGCAGACUCUCUGGAACCGCUCAGUAGGUCUGACUCGGCGAUCCUCACGCCGUCGGUUGCACGCGCCUUGGACCCGGGUGAUUUUCCGAAUCUUCAAUGGGUCUACCUCGUCGGAGAGCCCGUUCCGCAGAGCGUCGCAGAUAAGUGGUCGGCUUUCAAAGCGCUCUACAACAUGUACGGGCCAACCGAGGCGACAUGCGGUGCCACCAUCAAAAGACUCUUGCCGCACCACCCGGUAACGAUCGGCGUGCCGAAUCCUACAACCCGUCUUUACAUUCUCAGCAAAGGCCGGACGUUAGCACAGCCGGGAAUGAUCGGGCGUAUCCAUCUUGCAGGCGUGCAAGUAUCCCAGGGCUAUCGCGGAAUGCCGCAGCAGACCGAAGAACGAUUCCUCCCCGACAAUAUCAUGGGGAAUGGAGAGAGAAUGUAUGACUCAGGCGACCUGGGCUACUGGAAUGAAGAGGGUGAAGUUGUAAUCGCGCGAGACAUCUGUGAGAUCCAAGCUGUGGCUAUUACACGUCGCGGCGGAGCUGGAGAUGAACUCGUCGCCAUGGUGCAGCCGGCUGAUGUGGACCUCAUCGAUCUACGCGUUAGGCUUGCUGAUACGCUGCCGCGAUAUGCAAUUCCUAGUCAUCUCAUUGCUGUGGAUAGAAUACCAACCACCUUGGCGGGGAAGAUUGACUACAAAGCCAUCGCGUCUGCAGAGGCAUCCAAAAAUGUGGCCAAGGGUCCCGCUCUUGUUACCGAUACCGAGAGGGCUGUCGCAUCAGCGUUUCUAGCGGUUCUCCAGAAAGCACCUUCGGAUGUCCCCGUGAACAGGCAGCAAACCCUCGCCGAAAUGGGGGGCCACUCCCUCGAGCAAAUCAGGCUAGCAAGAUACCUCACAAAGAACCUGGGCGUUGCGAUUCCCCUUAGGACGGUUAUCUCGAAUUCUACAAUUGAGGCAUUGGGACGCGCCAUCGACGAAAUUAUCAAGGCGAAGAAACCUUCUCCUCCUGAAUUGUCUCCGGCGGCUCCUGCUAAUGUAGCGCCCAUCGAACAAGAAUGGCUGGAGAAGUCCCAGGUAGGAGCUGGCACCUCAUGCUUCAACGUGGCGUUCCUCGGGCGAAUGAAGCCAGAUAGAGUGGACAGCCGCCGGCUUGAGGAUGCGUUCAACGUGGUACUACAGAGGCAUGAAGUCCUCCGCAGUUUAUACCAUCCUGAUCGGCCUACUAGUCGGGCGAAACACUGUCGCAGACUUACUGGGCACUGCCCUAGAGCUCAGUACCUGGAGGCAAUCAACGUUUGGACCGAGCUCAAUCGCCCGCAUAAGUUGGACCAUGAGCAGCCCAUUCGUGUUCUCAUCACUGGGAAGGAGGUCCUCGUGGUUAUGAGUCACAUUGUCGCAGAUUAUACCACCAUGACUCUGAUUCUUCGUGAAGUAUCCUUGGCUUAUCACGGGCACCAUCUCUGCCCUCCUCGAGCGGUUUACCCAGAUCCUGCCUUAUGGGGCGCAACUUUAUCCGAAGAUCACCGCAACUUCUGGUGUGAGUACCUCAAGGAGCCGCCUCAACAGCCGAAGUGUUUACGAAAUGUAGAACGGAGAACCAGUUACCAGGGCACCUCCACCAUCUUCCGGUUCAAUGAAGACACGAGCAGGACAAUAUUACGGUAUGGGUCCUCCGGAAACAUCAGCCUGCAGCAGCUAGCCUUGGCGGCUGUCGCAUUGGCGCUAGCGCUCGACGGACAUUCGAACCCCAGUGAUCCCCAUGAUCGGUUAGACGUAAUUCUCGGCGUCCCUUGGAUGAACCGAGAGUCCGCAGAGCACGCCGACACAGUUGGCCUGUUCCUCCAACCUCUCCCAGUGCGCGUCAAGCACGAAUGGCGGCCCACGGAUAACAGGCAGGCAUUCCUUACCGCUGUACGAAAAUCGACCCAGUCUGCCCUCGCUCACGGCCUUCCGUGGCAUCAACUACUCGAUCUAAUGUCCAUCACUCCCGACUAUCCUGACCACCCCCUGUUCGACGUGAUGGUGACUUUCCAUGAGCCACAGAUGCUGAGAGAGCUCUGUUUGGACAUUCCAGGAGUCGAGUCUUGCCUCGUGUGGUCUUCGGGUGCCAAGUUUAAACUCAUGUGCGAGUUCAUGGCAUUGUCUGACAAGAGUAUUCUUCUGAGACUGGAGUACGAUAACAAGUGCCUCUCGUCGCAGGAUGUUGGAGGCUUCCUACAACGUGUUUCAGCAUGGAUGAACAUUCUCGCCGGAGGGUCAAUUUUAGAUGGCAGCAUAGCUUUAGAUGGGGUUAGCGAGCCAUGCCACGGAUCUGUGCUUGAUGAGGCGUGGGUAUUGGGCAGAACCCUGGCAGAGCUGGGCUAA